CCGCACCCAUCUCUCUCUCUCUCUGUCUAUUGUCUCUCUCUCUCUCUCUCUCUCUCUCUCAGACUGAGAGGUCAAAUAUUUCCCAGUCUUUUCCCUCCUCUUUUUCUCAGUCUCCGUCUCUUCGUUAAUCGCUCAACUGUCCCGACGCCAUGGAAGUCGGCGCUGCGUACAAUCCCCGGACGGUGGAGGAGGUCUUCAGAGACUUCAAAGGCCGCAGAGCCGGCUUGCUUAAGGCCCUCACCACCGAUGUCGGCUUGUUUUUUCAGCAGUGCGACCCUGAGAAGGAGAAUCUUUGCCUCUAUGGAUUUCCAACCGAGCAGUGGGAAGUUAAUUUGCCUGCAGAGGAGGUUCCUCCAGAGCUUCCGGAGCCAGCACUUGGUAUCAACUUUGCCAGAGAUGGAAUGCAAGAAAAAGACUGGUUAUCCUUGGUUGCUGUCCACAGUGAUGCAUGGUUACUUGCAGUGGCCUUUUACUUCGGUGCUAGGUUUCAAUUUGAUAAGACUGAUAGGAAACGCCUUUUUAAUAUGAUAAAUGAGCUUCCAACUAUAUUCGAGAUUGUCACAGGGACAGCCAAGAAACAAGUAAAGGAGAGGUCAACAAAUUCAAAUCAUGGCAGCAACAAACCUAAAUCAAAUUCGAAGAGAGGUUCUGAGUCUCAGGGAAAGUAUGCAAAGGUAAUGCAAGCAAGGGAAGACUAUGAGGAUGGCACAGAAGAUGAAGAUGAGGAUGAGCAUGGAGAGACACUAUGUGGGGCUUGUGGAGAGAACUAUGCAUCCGAUGAAUUUUGGAUUUGCUGCGAUGUCUGUGAGAAGUGGUUCCACGGCAGGUGUGUGAAGAUCACCCCAGCAAGGGCUGAGCAUAUUAAGCAGUACAAAUGUCCGUCUUGCAGCAACAAGAGAUCCCGGCCUUGAUGGUUGCGGAUGUGAGUGCUAAUUGUCUAGUAGGUCAGAUUUUCAUAUCUUGGUCUCAUCCCUGCAGUUUAGAAAACUCGUCUGGGAUAUUGUUUAGGUUUCAAAUACUCUUUAAUUUCUCGUGUUAGGAUAUUUAUCUUCGAGUUGGAAAUCAUUUCCCCUCUUGACAUUGUGGGACUUGUUGUCUUUCUGCUUGAACUGAAUGUAGCUCAUUAGUGUUUAUAAAUGAAUGGGUCCAUUUUAUCAGUCUCA